AUGUCAUACCAUCCAUCCCAUGCCGCUGCGCACCAUACCAGCUUCCUCAACGCUGGUAUACCCAUCAACUAUGCUCACAACCACUCUGCCAGCGCCUCGCCUAAUACCAACGCCUCGCUCCUAGCCAGCAACAUGUCAUCCCAUUCCUUCCCCAUGGCCCCUUCUCCAAACAAUGGCACGCCUCAACCACAGCAGCAGCAACAACAGACCCCGCAGCAGGCACAGCAGGUUGCCGUGACGCCCGCCCAGCAGCAAUCACAACCAGGCACUUCAGCACCACCAGGCGUGCCAGAUCAAGAUGGUCUCAUCGCUCCCCCAUCCAUGCCCCUCGAACUCGACUUUGAUAACCUCGAAAGCGCCUCCAACUACAUGCACACCUACGCUCUCUCUCAAGGAUUUGACAUUCGCAUCCAGUGGUCCGCCAACAACCAGACCCGAAUAUGCUGGUCAUGUUAUCGCGGUGGUUUCCCCGAGUCGCUCAACCAAGACGGCACGCCCAACACCAAGAAGCGUCAGAUUCCCAAGGACAAGGAGAGGCGCAAACGCGGAUCGCUCAAGAUCGGGUGUCCCUUUCGUGUGCAAUGCACCAAGAACUGGAAGACGGGAAAGAUGGAGUUGAGGAUCUUGGAAGGAAGGCACAAACAUCAGAUGGAGACCGAUCGAGAGAAUCUACCAAGUCAAGUGCGCAGGAUCAAGAACCAACGCACAGGCCAAGACUCGCCUGGUACGCCCCAGGCGGGCAACGCCGCUGCUAAUGCUGUUGCUCAGGCUGCCAACUUGACCUCAACACCGACACCCGCUCCCGGCUCUAAGGCAAGUGGUUCGAAAGCCUCAGCUUCAAAGGCACGGGCCAACAAUGCAGCUAGGAACGGCACUGCGAAUCGCAACACGCCCGCGACGCAGAGAGCGCCACAGCCAUCGGAUCAAGCCCAAGCUCUGGUCGUCAACGCCGCCGCAGGUCCAUCGGCGCAUCAGCAUCUAAGCCUGCUCGGCACACCCACACCGGUCAACGGCACCUCGACCAUGCUCGACCUCGAUUCGGAUUCCGUGCUGGAGACCACCACCACGCCCAACAAACCAUCGUUCGAACGUCAGAUGCUCAAUCUGCUCGGCGUGUACGAUCGAUCCGACACCGCAUCGCGUUCCAUCAUGGACAACGAGCUGGAAGCCAUGCUUUCACGCGCCGAAUCCAGGCUCGGUGGAUCCGCGAGCAAGAGACGAAAGACUGCGAACGGCAGUGCCGCAGCUAUCAUGGAUGCCAACAGCCUGCCCGUGCUGACGGUGCCCGCGACGGGCGGUGGUGGUGCAGCCAUCGCUUCUCUCGCCAGGACGGCGUGGAACGGCCGUGUCACACCCACGGCGGCGAACGGUGUCGCGUCACCAUUGAGAGCUGCAGCCACGGCGGGAGGAACGCCACAAACACCGUUGUCGCAGUUGGGCACGCAGCAGCAGCAGACAUUACCUCCGAGUUCAGGCAAAGGGUCGGCGAGGUGUAGCAAUUGCAAGGAGUACGGUCACAAUCGACGAAGGUGUCCAUUGGGCUGA